UUCCCAACUUGGCUGAUGGGAGGCUGGCAUCAGAGAACGGGGCUCCCUGUCCUAAACUGUUCAGAUCUCACCCAGUGGCUAGACCUCUUCCCACUUCUCAAACGACGAAUGAAAACCCAAAGGUCCAGGGCAGCGGUUCUCAACCUGGGAGUUGAACGACUCUUUUACAGGGGUCUCCUAAAACCACUGGCGUAUCGGAUGUUUUCCAGAGCUACCCGGAGUCUGGUAAUGAAGACAGGAGGACUCAGAACUCAAGGGACACACAGCCCAGGAAGUGCUGCUAGCAGCAGCCAGCGGAGGAUGACCCCCUAUGUUGACUGCUAUGCUCAGCGCUCCUAUCCCAUGCCGGAUGAGCCUUACUGCACAGAGCUCAGCGAGGAGCAGCGGGCCCUGAAGGAGAAAGAGAAGGGCAGCUGGGCUCAGCUGAGCCAAGCAGAGAAGGUGGCCUUGUACCGGCUCCAGUUCCACGAGACCUUCGCAGAGAUGAACCAUCGCUCCAACGAAUGGAAGACAGUAAUGGGCUGCGUCUUCUUCUUCAUUGGAUUCACGGCUCUGGUGAUUUGGUGGCAGCGGGUCUAUGUGUUCCCUAAGAAGGUUGUCACCCUGACGGAAGAACGGAAAGCCCAGCAGCUCCAGCGCCUCCUGGACAUGAAGAGCAACCCCAUACAGGGCCUGUCUGCCCACUGGGAUUACGAGAAGAAAGAGUGGAAAAAGUGACCAACAUCACAGUCUGCUGCCUGCCCUUGCAAACCGAUUCCGCUUCCGCAGCCUAGGAGACCCUCCUCUCCUCUCUUCUCCUCCCUUCCCCUCCCCCACCUCCUGUCUUGUCUCCUCCAUUCCCUUCUGCUCCAAUAAAAGCAGCCUGCAUUGUUCUGCCUGCAAA